AUGGGCAGUGCAAAUAAUAAUCUGAAUGAGAUUAAUAUUGUAGCUAUAAAGGAGGGUCCCCGGCUUUCUAAUGAGCAUAUGAGGAUGUUAGAGAUGCCAGUUACUGAAGCUAAAUUCACUCAAGCCCUCAAUAGCAUCGGUGAUCUCAAAGCCCCGGGUGUGGAUGGAUAUGGUGCCAAAUUUUUUAAAGAGACUUGGAGCAUUGUUAAGGAAGAUGUGGUAAAGGCUAUUAUGGAGUUUUUCAACCAGAAUAAAAUGUACCCUACUAUAAAUGCUACUUUGGUUUCCCUCAUUCCCAAUGGUAAUUCUGGUAAGACCAUAAAAGACUUUCAUCCUAUUUCGGGCUGCACCACUAUUUACAAAAUUAGUGUCAAGAUUCUAGUAAGACCACUAAGAUCACGACGGGCGUCAUGGUGA